AGUUCCUUUGAGUUCUCUUUUGCGGCCAUCAUAGUUGGCCGUUGCGAACGGUAUGAAUUGUGGCGUUACACGAAGAGGUGGGCGUUUCUUUUCCAAACCAACCUAUUCUUUUUCUUUUUUCCCUCACCUUGUGCAUAUGGAGUUUUCGUAAUGGCCCGGCUGGUCUUGUAG